UAAAGAGCAGGAGAGAGUCCUACAGCCACGCUAUCCACCGGACACAACUCAGAAGAGAGACCCUGCGUAUCUGUGCCAGGUAAGGAUUAGAAGAUAACCAUCUCUAUUGUCAGGGAGGAAUGCAGAGGGUGAAUGGGGUUCUUUGUUUUCAUGAUUCACAAUUUCAUUGCAACUUUUUGUUCUCCAUUUUAACCCGUUCUCUUCUAUCUCUCUGGCCAUUUGACCUGCACACAGAGUCUUAUAGUUUAUCUGUUGUGAAAGAAGAAUACAUCUUUAGUCUUCAUACAAAUUAUCCCAGCAUGAUAAAGGUUGUCCUCUUGCAUGUUACGUCUUUGCACUCUAUUCACAUGCAUUGAGUGCAAUCAGAUGGAGGGAAAUCAAUAUGCACCCAAUCUGGAUUUUUGACUUUUUUUUUGAUGAAGAGAGGUUCAAAAAUGUCCUUUAGAAUUUAGUGCUGCUCGUUUGUGGCACAGCUGACUUGAUUCAUGUUUUUUUUUUUUCUGGGUCACAAACAGACAAUGAAAAACAUCCAAGUGUCUGAUUGUGAUAGAGAGAUGACUAACCUGUACGUAUAGUAACCCAAACUUAAAUGUUUUUAGUAUAAAGAUUGUAAACUAGGAUAUAAAAUGGAGAAAUUAUGCAACAUAGAAUAUGCCUCCAUCAGAGCCUGUAUAAUGUUUCACUGCCUGCUCUGUGGAGAUUAUUACAUACAAUUCUUGUCUUUCAGAAUGAAAAUUGCAGACAUCAAAACUUCUCAAGGCUACAGCUGCUUUUGGAGACAGACAGGAUGUGGAUGACUAACAUUGUAGCUUUUUGUCUGCUGGCCCUCGUGGCCUCUGCAGAGGAAAAGAAGCUGAGCAGCCACGCCAUCAUGCUGGCUGACAACAGCGCCAAUCUGGCCUUCAGCCUCUACCACAACAUGGCAAAGGAGAAAGACACAGAGAACAUCCUCAUCUCUCCUGUGGUAGUGGCCUCCUCUCUGGGCAUGGUGGCUCUCGGUGGCAAGGCCUCCACCGCCUCCCAGGUCAAAACCGUCCUCAGUGCUGACAGACUGAAGGAUGAGCACCUGCACGCAGGCCUGUCCGAGCUGCUCUCUGAGGUGAGCGACGCCAAGACACGCAACACUACCUGGAAGAUCAACAACCGCCUGUACGGCCCCAGCUCCGUCUCCUUUGCUGAUGAUUUUGUGAAAAACAGCAAGAAGCACUACAACUACGACCAUUCAAAAAUAAACUUCCGAGACAAGAGGAGCGCAGUGAACUCCAUCAACGAGUGGGCUGCCAAGGCCACAGAUGGCAAGCUGGCUGAGAUCACCAAGGAUGUGCAGAACCCAGAUGGAGCCAUGAUCAUCAACGCUAUGUUCUUCAAGCCUCACUGGGACGAGACGUUUAAUGAUAAAAUGGUGGACAACCGUGCUUUCCUGGUUACCCGCUCUUUCACCGUUGGAGUUCCCAUGAUGCAUCGAACAGGUCUGUAUGACUUCCACGAUGACAAAGAGAACCGUAUCUUUGUGCUGAACAUGCCUCUGGGCCAGAAGCAGGCCUCUAUGAUCCUGAUCAUGCCCUACCACCUGGAGCCUCUGAAACGCCUGGAGAAACUCCUGACCAGGAAGCAGGUGGAGACCUGGAUCAGCAAGAUGGAAAACAAGGCUGUGGCCAUUACACUCCCCAAAAUUGAAGUGGAAGUCAGCCACAACCUGCAGAAACAUCUGGCUGAGCUUGGCCUGACCGAGGCCGUGAACAAAUCCAAGGCUGACUUGUCCAAUAUCUCGGGAAAGAAGGACCUGUACCUGUCUAACGUCUUCCACGCGUCAGCCCUAGAGCUGGACACAAAGGGAAACCCGUUCGACAACAGCAUCUACGGCUCCGGCAAGUUGAGUGACCCCAAACUUUUUUACGUGGAUCACCCCUUUAUUUUCCUGGUGAAGGACAACAAGACCAACUCCAUCCUGUACAUCGGCAGAGUGGUUAAACCAAAGGGAGACAAGAUGCGUGAUGAGCUAUAAUGUUAGCGUUGUGAAUUGUGAUGGAUAGCUUUUGUUAUUUCUGAAACAAUGGCAGGAAACUAUGUAUUUUUGGUAUGAACUUUACCUCAUGAGCACAUUCCAAUAGGCAACCUGUGGACUGAGCACAUGAGCUUACGACAGCUAAGUAAGUUAAGUAAAUUUUCUUGACACCCUGUUUUUGUCACUAUUGCUUUGGCUACGAUCCAUGUGUGAUUUCUUUUAUCAGCUUUAAUGUUUAAAGAAGAAAAAAAAGAUCUUUGCACAAACUCAGUUUUUUAUUUUAUUUUUGCCUGCUUCGUCUGCACUGAAUUGUUCCCCUGCACGAGUUGAGUUUGUGGAGGAACGCUGGCAACAGUCUGGUGCUUCAUUCAUGUUCACUUGCCAACCACGUUGUGUCAUUUCUGUCACUGUAUUCCACAAAGAAGCUGUUGGAAUUGUGUGUUUUGUAAUAAUGUGUUGAUUUUUCAAUAAAUAACAACAAAGAAGA